AUGAACACAAGCAGGCUAUCAUUGAAUGAUAUAAUUCGUACAACAGUUGGUAAUCUUUCACGCGUGGUCAACAUUAGUUCAGAUUUUGCCGAUUAUGUUCGUCGUCUUUAUCUGUUUGGAAAUGUGUCGCUGACUGAUACAGAUGUUGUGACUGUAAUUCAUCCUAAUAAUAUACGCGAUAGUUUAUCCUUUAUUGGUAGUCAGUCACCACGUACUGUACAAAAUUAUUUGAUAAUGCGUUUCAUCAUGAAUGAAAAGACGAUAAUGACUAAACGAUUUCGAAGCAUGGUACAUGAAAUGUUCCACAAUAUUCGAAAUGUAUUCAUCCAUAUGGUCAAUCAAUCGACAUGGAUGGAUUCGAAAUCAAAAAUUAUGACAAUUAAAAAAAUUCAAGCUAUGAAGGGAAAAAUUGGUUAUUCUGAUUAUUUGGAAAACGAUGACAUUGAUGAAACUUGA